AACUUGAACUUGGUUCAUGACUGGUUCAUGCCAUCAACUGCAGGCUCGAGGAGAGCAUGUCAGGUCGACGUUGCGCAUUUGACACCAACAUUCUGGGCGUAACAUAGCCCCAUGCAUGGCCAUGUCAGUAACAUUACCUUCUGAACUCGUCGACAGGGUCAUCGAUCAUCUUCAAACCGACAAGCCAUCUCUAUUUGCGUGCUCUCUGGUUUGCAAGCUUUGGCAAGUUCGAAGUCGCUACCACCUCUUCCGGCGAGUGCGCGCAGAUCCAGUGCCCCCCGACGAGGAUAACGGCCCAUGGCAAAUGGUCCCGCCUUUCCCGGAAGACAUAUUGCAUUUGUUCUUUUACACAGAGGAACUCUAUCUAUCUCACUACCACGAUGGUUUCUCUUCGCAAUGGCUGGACGCUACUCUUCGGCAUAUGCCUCGCUUGCAAUCGCUUACCUUAGAUAUUUCGUAUUGGCGCAUGGACGAUACAUCCAUCUCUUUCGUCUAUCCUUCCAUCCAUACGUUGUCACUGCUCCAUGUCAAACUGGGUUAUGAUCAGGAUGAUGAACACGUGUCCCGCAAGCUCUUUCAUAUAUUUCCCUCUCUCCGUCACCUUAGCAUUCUGGGAUACCCUCCAUUCGGCGACUUGCACCCUGAUAUUCCGUCAUCAUUUCCUAACUCAUUGUCAUUGGAAUCGUAUUCCGGGGAUGAUGGAAGCAGUGAAAUCUCUAUUUUUUUCCUCCAGCGACUGCGGUUAACUUCCUCACUUGAUUCGUUGGUUCACUUGGCACAUGGGCACUAUCGAAGAUCCCGACUUAAUUCACACACUUGAGACUCUUGACCCACGUAUCAAGAAAAACCUCCGCUCUUUUCGUGCCGGAGUGAACGAUGCACAGCUCACUGAAGGAUGGAGCGCACUGUCACUCCAUGACUUUACUUCAGUCACAUCUGUCACCGUCUUGAUGCCCGGAUGGCACGUUCUGGUACCACAUUACCGCGCUUUUUUCUCAUUUCCGACGUCUGUGAAAAAGGUCAUAUUUCAAUUUACGACCCUUCCCUGGCAGUGGUCCGGGGACGCUGCCGAUGCGAAUGUGUGGGAGGAGUUGGAGAAUAUGGCACUCCAGAUGAAGAGCUUACGUUAUCUUGAGUUCACUAUUAACUGUGACGCACGGAUACACCUAUCUUCUUUGCCUAUCACGGCGGUAAACGCCCAGUUGCGCAGGCAUAUGCCCAUUUUGAAUGAAAAGGAUUUAUUGC